CAAACCCGGGAAAGGUUAAACGCCAACCUGAGUGGAAUAAAAAUACAGUUUUAUGAAUGAUUUGUGUUUCAUAGUUUUUUUUCUGAUUCCGUUAGUUUGUUACAUUUGAUUAGGAUUGAUUUUUAUGUCCGGUCCCGGCGCUGACUUCCUUUGGAUUUGUCGUGAAUGAAUCGAAAUGGAGUACAUUUUCCACGAAAAGCAAGAUGGCUCUUUAUGCGCCCAACACUGUUUGAACAAUCUUCUACAAGGGCAGUAUUUUAGCCCAGUCGACCUUGCCACACUAGCAUUGAAAAUGGACGAGGAGGAACGGAAAAGGAUGGCCGAGUUGGGAGACGACACUGAGGACUAUCAGAAAUUCCUUGCACAACCAUCUGGAAAUUGUGAUGACAGUGGUUACUUUUCUGUACAAGUCAUAAGCGCAGCUUUGGCGGUUUGGGAGUUGGAAUUGAUCCCUUAUAAAAGUACUGCACCAGUGGCAGCUCUUGCACAGGAUAGUCCUCAGGACAUGUCUGCCUUUAUAUGUAAUUAUAGGGACCAUUGGCUUACGAUAAGGAAAAUUGGCCAUCAGUGGUUUAACCUCAACUCACUUCUCAGUGGGCCAGAACUCAUUUCGCCGACCUAUCUGUCUAUUUUCCUCGCUCAGUUACAACAAGAAGGUUAUUCUAUAUUUGUUGUCAUUGGUGAACUUCCUGCUUGUGAAGCGAAUGAAAUUUUAAAUAGAAAUCCAGCGGUGCAAGUUGUAAAACCAAAGUUGAACAACGUUUCAAACGAGGAUUCAGAGCUUCAGAAAGCAUUGAGGAUAAGUGCGGGUAAUUACGAAGCAGAUGAGGAAGAAGAGUUGCUCCAACAAGCGAUCCAAAAGAGCUUAGAGGAUGAGCCUCCAGACAAAGUUCUUCAAAAUGCUAUCAAACAAAGCUUGGAUGCUUCCAAACCAUCGACAAGUUCUUUUGCAGGCACUUCUAUGUUCAAAGAACAGUUCAAGUUGCAGUCUUCCAGCCAAAAUCACACCCAAGACAUACACCAGUUGCCAGAUUCGAAAAGUGAGGAGGACCUCUUCAACGCCAUCCAGAUGAGUCUGGAGGAGUUCGAAAAACCGGGGGAGAGGGCAGAAAAAGUCUUUGUAAACACUCGUAGGGCACCACCAGCAAACACUCGUACGGCACCACCAGCAAACACUCGUACGGCACCACCAGCCCCGACGCAAGUCCCAGAAGAGACGGACGUGGAAGAAGUGCGAAGGCGUCGCCUGGCAUAUUUGGAAAGGAAGGCUAAAGAUCAGAGAUAGCGACAGUUCUCAACUAUAUGCUAUACACACCUGUUUUAAUACCAAAUUUUAAAUAAUUACACUUAGAAAUUUCCUAGGAAACUAUUUUCUUUUGUUUUUAAUAAACUCAAGUCACAACGUUUUAACAAGUGCAAUUAAUUGUGCGAGCCAGCCCCUUCUUACCAGUCUUAACAUUUUAGUUGAUUGCGGAACAUAUCGUGACUAUUUAAACUAGUAUUAAUAACGCUAUAAAUUUUAAAGAAAAAGCACUCCUAUUAUUUUGUUAUUUAUUUUUCGUUUUACAUUUUUGUAUAUUGAGUUAGAGAUAAUUUUUUUUUUGAUACACAUAAAUAGUUGUUGAAUCCAUAUGUUUUUAUCAUAAAAAACAUGUUGGAAUAUCAUCCUUGUGAAAGGUUUAUCACCUUGUACAUUUAAAUAUAAAUCGUUAAAUAAAUUAUGAACUGUUUAAAAUUAAAAAAAAAAUAAAAUAA